AUGGCGACAAGAAGACAACACUGUCAGUCCUCCACGGCCCACAUAUGUGUCAGUUUUUCCAAAAUGUGGCAAUUUGUAAGCUUUCUGGUUUUUGUGGCCUCCUGGUAUUCACCUGGUGGAUAUGGCAUCUCAGUGUUCUCUAGCAGCAAAGAUGCCAACCAAAUCCUGAGGAUUCAGAAACGAGCUAAUUCGUUCCUGGAAGAGAUUAAACCUGGCAACCUGGAGCGGGAGUGCAACGAGGAGAUGUGUGACCUGGAAGAAGUCCAGGAGAUUUUUGUAACUCGGGAAGAUACAUUAGCUUUCUGGUCCAAAUAUGUGGAUGGAGACAUGUGUGAUCCCCAACCCUGCCCUAAUGGGACCUGUAUUGAUGGUAUUGGGAGCUUUCAAUGCAUCUGCAGAGAAGGCUGGGAAGGACGCCUUUGUGGGCAUGAGGUAAGCUAUACCAACUGCUCCAUAAACAAUGGUGGUUGUGCUCACUACUGCACUGAAGACCUCCAAAAUCAACAACGUUAUUGCAGCUGUGCCCCUGGAUAUCAGGAGAGUGAUAACCCUAUGGAGUGUGACCCCAUUGCAAAUUUUCCAUGUGGGAAACCAAAGGUGAAUUACCCAACAACAGAUUUUGACCAAUUACAAAUUCGAAUCCUUGGGGGGAAACCAACCAACAAAGGUGACAGCCCAUGGCAGGUGAUACUGUUGGAUUUUGAUGGAAGGUUAAAGUGUGGAGGUGUCCUUAUACAUUCUUCCUGGGUGCUAACUGCAGCCCAUUGUAUAGAGAAUCCAAAAAAACUUACAGUAAGACUUGGUGAACACGACCUCCGGAGGUAUGGUAAUGCAGAGAUAGAUUUUCAUAUACGGGAAGCUAUCGUGCACCCAAAUUAUACCAGAAGUACCUCAGACAAUGACAUUGCUCUGCUCUACUUGAACAAGCCCACCAUCUUCUCCAAAAACAUCCUGCCUAUCUGCCUUCCCAACUUGGGACUGGCUCAUCGAGAGCUCAUGAAGGUGGGGCGGGAAAUGGUGAUAACGGGCUGGGGCCGUCAGUUUGAAGAAUCAAGGAACCGCACUUACGUCCUCCGAUUCACCAAAAUCCCUCUGGUCUCUCAUGAUGACUGCUCUCAAACCAUGCAAAACAAAGUUUCAGAGAACAUGCUCUGUGCGGGAAUCCCGGGGGACAAGCGAGAUGCCUGUGAGGGAGAUAGUGGGGGGCCCAUGGUCACUGAAUUCCGGGGUACAUGGUUUCUAGUGGGCCUGGUGAGCUGGGGAGAGGGCUGUGGGCGACCAGACACCUUUGGCAUCUAUACCAAAGUUAGCCAGUAUCUCAACUGGAUACAUGACCACAUCAAAGCCAAAGAAUUAUCAAUAAAGAAGGAGUCAGCCCCUUAGUGUCCCUGAAGGACUUGGUGGGGUUCAGAACCCCAAAUGAGACACGAGGCUGUCCACUGGCAUUAAACAGAGUGUAAAGCUUGUCCAAGUCCACCCUUAUGUGUGUCCUUGUUUUUCUCCUGGGCUGUGACAGCUAUUAAGUCCCUAUUAUAGAGAUAGCCCUAAACUAGAUACCUUGAGGAGAUGCUCAGUGGAAUAAAAGACAUGGACCUUCCUCUCAGAGAGCUGGCCAUCUAGUCAUGGCAGAUGUAGCAUCUACCCACAUAUGCAACAUCAGAUAGUGCCUUUGACUUUAUGUCCUCCAUGUCUGGAAUUUUCUCCCUCAUUACUUCCUCUUCUUGGCAUCCAUCCCUGGCUUCCUUCAAGACUUGGAUCCAAUGCCACUUGCUCUAGUGGUCCUUUCAUCCUUUUGACACUUCCACUUCAAAGUGUCCUUCCUACUCUUACUGUCCCUAUUUAUUUACAUGGUUUCACCUUCCCAGGAGCCCUCCAUUAGGAUGUAAGAUCCUUGAGGGCAGGGACCAUUUUUGUGUUUUCACCUUUCUUUGUAUUCCAAACACCCAGCAUAGCAUCUGAAGGAUAGACAUAAUAAUAAAUAUUACCAAUUAA